AUGGUUAACGUUAUUAGCGUUUUAUUGCUCUACGGAUUGGUCGUAAUUAGUGCCGGUACGGAUUCUAAUUCUGAUGGCCGGAAAGAAUACGAAAAUCUUAAACAGCUUCGGCCGCUGGGAGUGGAAUUUUCUGAGUACUUUCAAAAUGUUUCACUGGAGAACUUCGGCUUCUCCGACUCCAAGAUUGCUGGAGAAGAUGACGUGAUAUGCCUGGCGCAGUUAGCAGCUCUAAUGAAUGGACUAUCUUCCAGCCAGAAGUGGGCAUUAAAGAUGAUAGACUCUUGGGGUUCCAUACCCUCUGGACUGUACACCGGCAAUACCAUUGACCUGGGAAACUUUGAUGAAUGCCUCUCAAUAAGUCAAGUAAUUGGGAAACAGAAAAUAAGUGGAAAGUAUUGCUUUCUCAUAACCAGUGGUCUAAGAAUUGCAACUUGCUUUCCGGCCUCAUGUUCAUCUACACAAAUGGAGCCCUUUGUGAAGCAACUUUUAGAAAAGAUACUUAACUUUAAUACCUCCAGUUUAAAUAUGAAAAUCAGUGACGAAACCUGUCAAACAAGUGAAAUUGAAUCUUGGGAUGCAUUGACUAUUAUCACCAUUGUGAUCUUGUCUGUGAUGAAUGUCCUUGUGAUAUUGGCUUCAAUUUUCGAUUACUUCCUGUGGGGGGAUCAGAAAAAUAUUCCAGUUGUGGUUAAGGCUUUUUCUGCCAGGGCCAAUUCAAGGACACUCUUCCGUAUUGUUCCGAACAAAUCAAACCCAAACGUGAUUGAAUGCCUUCAUGGCAUCCGCUGCAUGUCCCUCAUUUGGGUUAUCUUCUCCCAUGAGUAUAUAUUUACUUUAACCGCACCAAACAUAAAUACGGCUGAAAUAUGGUCGUGGGCCGUGAGACCCUUUGCCAGUUUUAUACUACAUGGAUACUUCUCAGUAGACUCUUUCUUCGUCCUUGGAGGGUUGUUAGUAUCCAUGAUUGCUUUACGUUCGAUGGAGAAAUCUGGUGGAAAACUAAACCCUUUUCUGAUGUAUCUGCAUCGGUUAAUACGCAUUUGGCCCGUCGUAGCAAUGGCCAUUCUUAUCUAUAUGAGAAUGAUGCCAGUGAUCAGUGGAGGACCAAUGUUCAAGAGCGGCUACCAUGGCAAGGAGUACUGCGAAAAGGGAUGGUUCUGGACCCUGCUCUUCAUUCAGAAUUAUGCAGUACUGGAUAUUUGUCUGGAUCACACUUGGUACUUGGCAGUAGACAUGCAGCUUUUUAUCAUCUCACCAAUCCUCUUGAUUGCUCUUUACAAAUGGGGCAAAAAGGCAGCUGCUGGGAUUGCAGUACUUGUGGUUUUGCUAUCCGGUUGCCUUUUUGUCACUCAAAUGGUUAAUAACUAUUCGCUGCUUAUUAAAAAUGGUGGUGAGGACGACGGGAUUCCCAACCAAAGGCUGUACUUGGCCACCCAUAACCAUGCUGCCCCCUGGCUCAUAGGAUUCCUAUUUGGUUAUUUUCUUCAUCUGAAUCGUGGAAAAAAGUUCCAGCUGAGUCGACCAGUUGUGUGGUUGGGUUGGAUUCUUAGCCUGGCAAUGCUCUUCACCUCGAUCUUCGCUCUUUAUCCAGCAGCACAGUGGAGUGCUCCACCUCUGCCUGUUCUGGAGGAAUCCCUUUACUACACCCUUACCAGAGUGGCUUGGCCAUUGGCCAUUUGCUGGGUGAUCUUUGUUUGCAUGCAGGGUUAUGGUGGUUUGGCUAAUAGUUUCCUAUCAUCUCCCUUGUGGCAACCAUUCUCAAGACUCUCCUACUCUAUGUACAUUUGGCACAUGUUCGUCCAAGAGGUGAACAGCAGAAAUGUCAGGACUAACACAUACUUCUCGAACUACUUUGUGAUGGAACGCUUUUGGUCUGACUUAGGAUAUACAGCACUGAUGUCCUACCUUCUGUACCUUCUCAUCGAAGCUCCUUUAUCUGGAUUUGAAAGUUGUUUGCGGCCCCAAAGGUCAUCCGCUGUUGCUAAUCAAUCGAAUCUUAUAUCUCAUAAGGAAGUUGAAGAGACGAAAGAUCCCGAAGAUUGUAAAGAGACUGAAACAAACCCAAUGACUGUUUCCGAUCCGCCCAAAUAAAGCAAAAAGCACGAAAAGAAUAAAUAUUAAAACCUUUUUGCAAACUA